AUGGAAUUGGUACCGAAAGGAUGGAAUGAAUUGGGAGUUUCCAAUAUUAUCUAUGAAGAAGAUGAUGAUGAUGAUUCAUCCACCAUUCCUUCUCUCUCACCGGAUUCUACAGCAUCUUCUACCCCUGAAAAUAGACGGGUGGAAGCUUGGUCGUUGGCUACUUGCCGUGAACCAGAUGUAAUUAUACACAUCCAGGAUUCAUGUUUCCGGCUUCACAAGGAUCGUUUGAUAGCAAGGAGUGGCUAUUUGGAACGACAGCUGAAAGAAUUUUCCAAAGCAACCUUCUCCCUCCCGUUAAAUAUAACGGCCGAGACAUUUUCUUUGGUGACAAACUUCUGCUAUGGGGCCCGUAUUUCCAUAACUCCAUUUAAUGUUGCCUCGCUUUUAAUAGCCGCCAGGUUGCUGGAUAUGUCAGAAACUAGAGGACCGAGAGACGAGAACUUAUGUCAGAAAACAGAAAACUAUUUUCGUCUUGCUGUCGCUGUUAACCUGGAGUAUGUCUCUAUUGUAUUGCGAUCCUGUUUUUCACUGCUUCCAGAGGUUGAAACAACAGCUUGUCUUGUUAGUAGGUGCAUCGAGGCCUUAAGUUUGAUGGGAGAUGUCGAAGCCGUUACAAGUUGUUUACACGAUGUUAGGAAACUGUGUUUUGAGGAUUUUCAACUAAUUUUGAAGUCAACAAAUCAACGGUUGAUUGAAUGUCAUGACCUUCUUUAUAUAAUCACUGACCUCUACCUCAAGGAACACAUUGUUAAAAUGACAGAGGACCAGAAAACAGAACUGUGUACUUAUGUAGAUUGCAGCAUCUUAUCCUCCAAAAUUCUCAUGCGUGCUGUACAGAAUCCUAGAAUGCCACUGAGGUUUGUUGUACACGCCAUGUUUGUCGAGCAACUGAACACUCGGCGCUCCAUCAUCUCUAUUGUUGAUCACCAAGAUCACAAACAUCAAACUGAAGAUGCUGUGACACUUGGCUCGAUUCUCAAGCGCGAUGCAGCGCUGCAUCGAGUGGCAGAGCUCAAGGCAGUGAUGAAUUCCACAAAUUCACGUGUUCACUGCUUGGAGAAAGAACUGAGUGGCAUGAGGAAACUUUUGAAUGAAUCGGAAUAUAUUACCAAUAGGACUGAUUUGGGGAGGUCUGCAAGUUUUCAUUUAAGCUCGGAGAAUAAGAUAGAAAGGGGGCAGAUUGGUUCGAUUUCUUCCAUUAGUCUUCAUAAUGUGACAAAUAGUGUCGGUGUAGGAUAUUCUUCCUCUCAAGUAUCAGUUGAUGGGAAAACAAGGAUGAAUUUUCGUCAAAGAUUCGUGAAGGGAUUGAAGAGUGCUUUUCGGGUACCAAGAUUAGUAAAGAAAAAGUGUUAG